GAAAACAGCGCUGCUCUCGCGACCGCGAUAGGUACAACGUUGGUGCCAGACCGAUGCGACGCGAGUGCGGCGAGCUGGUGAUACUGACGCACACCGAACAACACAAUACACGCACGCUGAACAACAACGGAAGAGCCUUUCGGACGACGAAAUAAAAUCUGUGCCACGUAGAUACGAGAGAACCGAGAAGAAACGAGAUAGCUCGACGACGACGACGACGACGACGACGACGUAUGACCCAGAUGUAUGGGAAACAAUCGCAAGCAAAAACGACAAUAAUGACGACGCUAGAGAUAAGUGUGGAAUCCAGACAAUAAAUAUGUAAGACUGAUAUCGCGCCCCCAAGGAAAGGAUAACACUGCUCAUGUGGGAAGGAGACAGCGACGUAUCGAUUGCGGGCGCGAAAUAUCCUCUGUUGUUCCCGCGUGGAGGAAACGCUCGUUUCCCGAGAAACUUCGCUCCGUGUACCUUUCUGCGAAGACAGAGCACUUCGAGAACACCUGGGACACUUCGAAUAUCGACUAGCUAGCGAACGAAGAGGAGAGGUAUGGAAAUCGCGAGCAGUCCCACCAAUCGCGACUCUGUGAAGAUCUCUCCGUGACACGCUAAUUCCUAGGCGAGGAUAGUUCCCUGACGAAGAUACGAAGAAGAGAUGUCACUGAAUCACAGAUAUUACGUAACAACGAUACCCGACGAGGGCGAGGACAAUUUUAAAAUGCCCAGGGCUUCCGUGGUACACAUGACGUCGACGGCAACGAGGCCGCAUCACAUGUCACAAGUACUGGCAACCCUGGCGCUAUCUAUGGGAACUCUCUCCUCCGGUUUGGCCAAGGGUUACACCUCGCCCGCGUUAGACUCCAUAUUGGACAAUCAACCGCCACAUCUUUAUCAAUCAUCCAACAAUGACACGUGGUUGGCUUUUUCGGUUACGCAACAGGAAGCUUCGUGGGUUGCAUCGCUGUCCAUGCUGGGUGCGUGGUUCGGUGCCAUGCUCGGCGACUGGAUAAUGCGGAGAGGUCGUCGUUUGGCCUUACGCACAACAUCCUUGCCUCUGGCAGGAGCCUGGGUCUUAACGGGCGUCGCACCGUGCGUAGAGCUGGUGUACGUCACAAGUUUCAUCGGCGGACUUUGCUGUUCAGUCAUCACCAUGGUGGCGCAGGUGUACAUAUCGGAAAUCUCGAUGCCGGGUAUUCGCGGAUGUUUGUCAGCGAUGUUGAAGGUGCUCGGUCACGUUGGUGUCUUGCUGUCGUACAUAGCCGGCACAUAUCUGAAUUGGCGGCAAAGCGCACUACUGGUGGCCGUCGCGCCGUCGAUGCUCUUUUUGGGGACCCUCUUUAUACCCGAGACACCGUCGUAUCUCGUAUUAAACGGCAAAGAUGACGAGGCUGCCAACAGUUUGCAGUGGCUGCGCGGAGAACACGUCGAUAUAAGACACGAGUUGCAGGUCAUCAAAACGAAUAUUCUGGCUUCGAGGGCUAAGCAGUACGAGCUAAGCUUUAAGAACAGCAUGUUUACACCGAGACUAUACAAACCCAUCGCUAUCACGUGCGGUCUGAUGUUCUUCCAACGAUUCUCCGGCGCGAAUGCGUUUAAUUAUUAUGCGGUACUUAUUUUUCGUCAGACCCUAGGUGGAAUGAAUCCUCACGGAGCGACCAUAGCGAUCGGAUUUGUACAGCUAUUGGCUUCUUUACUGUCAGGAUUUUUGAUUGAUAUAGUCGGCAGACUACCGCUUUUGAUAGCCAGCACCGUUUUCAUGUCACUGGCGCUCGCCGGUUUCGGCAGCUACGCGUAUUAUGUGUCUCAAACGCAAAAUCUUGGCUACGUGGACUCGGCGGUGGUGGGCCAGCACGACUGGAUACCGCUACUCUGCGUACUCGUGUUCACGACCGCCCUCGCCCUGGGCAUAUCGCCAAUUUCCUGGCUAUUGAUUGGCGAACUAUUUCCGCUGGAGUACCGCGGCCUCGGCUCCAGCAUUAGCACGAGCUUUAGCUACUUUUGCGCGUUUUUCGGGAUCAAGCUCUUUAUGGACUUCCAGCAGAGCCUCGGUCUACACGGAGCCUUUUGGUUUUACGCCGCCGUGGCGGUCUGCGGACUGUGCUUCGUAGUCUGCUGCGUGCCUGAGACGAAGGGCAAGCAGCUGGACGAGAUGAAUCCGGAUUAUGCGCAAGCACGGUAGUAUAAGGCCUCGCUGACGG